GUUGGCUUUGGCUUUUUAAUGGCUACAUUUACAAAUUAUUUCUCGGUAAAUCUGUAGGUUAUUUAAAAAUUUAGUCUCCCCAAAAUUUCAUCGUUGCUGUUUUUGCUCUAAAAGCCAUGCUUCAGUUAUUAAAAGUUGCGAAAUGGCCGAGUUUGGCACAUCGAAGGGUUCCAACACCGAACAUCGCGCACUUUCGUUGUAUGGCCAGUGAACCAAAAAAGCCAGACGACAGCAAAAAAUGUAAAAAAGAAGCUGAAGGCAAGGCCAAUAAAGCAGACAGCAAGGAGAAGGACCACACUAAGAUUUCUGGUGGAAGCAAGUGCACCUCAAAAAAAAGGUCGGAAUUGGGCUCACCGAACGAAGACAAAAAUGCUGAUCAGAAGCUUUGCGAAAAACUGAUCGUCAGACGUGAGGAGGCAAAGGAAAAAGCAAAGGAAAUGGCAGAAAAAAAGGCACAACAAAAAGAGAAGGAAAAAGAGAAGGGAGGAGCUGUGUGCGCGAGUAGUCCGGUCUCUCCACCCCCGAAAUGUCCGUGCAAACCUUGCCCCGAACCACAGCCUUGCGACGGCCACUCAAAAAUAUGGCAAAGGAUCACCUUGAUGGGUGCAUUUCCGAUAGUAGUCAUACUGACGGCCUUUGUCUUUUCCUCCCAUCACGAGGCCGAGCGGCCCGAAUUUAAACAAUGGUCUCACUUGUACUUGCGUACAAAGCCAUUCUACUUUGGCGACGGAAUCAGGAGUCAAUUCCACAAUAGUUACUGGAAUCCUCUGCCUCCGGAUGGUUAUGAGGAUGAGAUCGACUUAGAAGCUCUUGGUAAGAAACCCGAAUCGGAGCAGGAAAAGGCAGAGCGGUUAAAAGAAUUCGACAGUUUGAAUAAAAAGUGGAAGAAACAUAAUAAAAACCGAGAAGCCGAAGCUAAGAAGCGACAGGCCGCUGCUGAAAAGGAAGCCAAAAAACAGGAGAAGCUGGCUAUGCAAGAAGAGAAAAAACAACAGGCCGAGGAGGCCAAGGAGCUGAAGCGACAAAUGGCCGAAGCUAAGCGUCAGGACGCCGCAGUGGAGAAGGAGCGUAAGCGUCUGGAGGCCGAAGCUGAGAAAGAUCGCAAGCAACAGCUCGCCUUUAGUGAAAAGGAGCGCAAACGACAGGAGGCCGAAGACAAAGAGGCCGCUAAAGAAGUCAAAGAGAUGUACUAUAAUUUCAAUCGGAAUGGUGCCGCAGAUGCUGGUGUCCAGGACUGAAACAGUGUGUGAUAUUUAAAGGAGCAUGUUCCCAAAACAUUUCGAAUUUUAUAAAAAUUACAAAUCACAAAAUCUGCAAUAUGAUAC